AUGGCCGCUCCAAGAAGAAUUCAUCUCACCGCUCUCUCAAGCAAUGCAUGCUUUCCUCUUCCCACGAUCCCCAAUGCUGGUGACCAGCCUGUCAAACAGGGUUUACCUGCACCGACGCCUGCAGCUGGAUCGCCCCCACCUCCGCAUCCUGUGACAAGAGUGGAAUUAAAACUCUUCGAGUCGGAUGAACAACGCUGCCCGGAGUUUAGCUACCUGGAUUUGAUCAGCUCAAAAGAAACCACUGAGAAAAAGAAACCACAGACAUUAGAGGAGUUGGUGGAGGACAAGGAGAGAGAAGAACUGGAGGCGCUUGCAAAAAAGUUUGACGCAAAAUACGGUGGAGGUGGCAAAAGAAAAAAAGACAGGUUACAGGAUCUGGUGGAUAUAGGCUUUGGUUACGAUGAAUCGGAUUCAUUCAUUGACAACUCUGAGGCUUAUGAUGAGCUUGUCCCAGCUUGUCUCACCACCAGAUACGGAGGCUUCUACAUCAACUCUGGAACUCUGCAGUUCCGGCCAGCCUCUGAGAACGAGAAUGAUUUUGAGGACAGCGGUUUUAAACCUAAGAAGCGAAAGCUUAAGCAAGGAAAAGACAAGAAGAUUGGGAAGAAAAAGAAAGAGGAAGACAUGCUUACUAGGGACGAAGCCAGAAAAAGCACCCCACCAGAAAAAUCAUCUGCAAAGAAGAAGAAAAAUAAGAAGCCACUAAGUAUCGAUAAGAUGCUGAAGAAGUUCCACAAGGAAAAGCUUCAGCAGCUGCAGUUGUUUAAUAAUAGAGAGAGAGAUUUGCAUGCUCUCAAUGACACCGUGCAAGCUGAGGUUCAAGAACCGUCCAUAUCAGCUGACCCUCUUCUCACACUCAUUGGUUCUGCCAGUGCAGAUGACCUCCUUCAGGCGGUCAAAGCAGCAGAGCAAGACUUUGACUUUGAUAGACUCUUAGGGGAGCCGCAGAACAUCUGCUCUCCAAGCCUGGAAGAUAAUGGUGAGGUUCUGGUAGCGUCCGUCCCUGAGAAACCUACUACAUUACUUCCCGAUGGUCUGCCACCUACAUUAGAGCAACGCAUUAAGGAGUUUUCCCAGGCUGUUAAGAAAAUUGAAGGACAAAACAAGCUGGAGAUUUUGUCUUCAGAACUCAACAGUGUUCUACUAGAUGUGGAGGUGAACUCUAAACAGCUUAGUGGGAAAGCACGCUCCAGAAUCUUCUCAUACUUGGCAUCACAGCUGUCCUGCAGCAAAGGCACUCUGGUUAAAAGAGUCAAAAAACUCCACAGUCUACAGCAGGAUGAACAGCUGCAGGAGCUGCUGAAGAAGCUGGAGAAUGCAGUUGCCAGGUCCAUGCCAGAACAGAUCACCCGUUUCCAGAAUCACUGCCAAGCUCACUCUCAAGCCAGAGCUGCCAAACUCGAAGCUGAGAAAGAGAGGGGGAUUGAUGGCUCUGAUGAAGAAGAAGAGGAGAGGGGUGGAAAACGAGUGUUUGGGCCUCGCAAGAGGUUCAGAUGGAAUGAAGAGAUCAGGGAGUUACUCUUUGAGAUUGUCAAUUUGAAGAUGAUUAUUUAUGAUUCGGAGUCGCCCACAUGCUCUAGUUUGGAAGAAUAUCUGAAAGUGUUCCUAGAGGCUGAUGUUAAACCACUUUGGCCUAAAGGAUGGAUGCAAUCCAGGAUUCUGCUUAUAGAAACCCGAAAAGCACAUGGCCACAUCACAGGUGUUGUGGCAAGAAAGAAGCCAUUAGGUACAACAAAACUAAAAAAGGUCAGUGCUGCCGUUGAGGACAGUAAGAAUAACUCAGAAAUUCAGGGCCCACCAGCACUGAAACGCAAACGCCUGAGUGUACCUGUGAGCGUUCAACCUGAAGCCACGCUGAGCACCACUGCCAAAACGCCAUCAAACACACAAACAUCUGCCACCUUCUCCACCCAUCCAUCUAAUCAGAACCAUAAGGAAGGUGAUAAAACUGAGAACCAUCAGACCAGCACUCAGAGAAGUCCAGUGAUCGCAGAGGGAGCUGGGUCGGUCCAGAUGAUGUGGACCAGGUCUGUUAUGGAUUCAGAUUCAAAGCGGCUCCAGACUGGAGAGAGGGCGACUCCUAAACUGACGCUGGUGGCACCGCCAGAUGGUGCUGAGGGUGACUGUCCAUCCGUGGUGCAGGGAGUGGCCAGGCUGCUCACUACCACCUCAGUGGGUGACGCACCAGUUUCUAUGGCAGCAGCAGCUGGUGAGAUCUCCUGUGGGAACCCAGCGCUUCCCACUCCUUCUCUAUCGCUCCUUCCAUCCUCAUACCCCACCACAGUACAGCCGGGUGUUUUACCGAGCUUUGCCCCCCUGCAUGCUCUCCCGUUCCCUGGGCUCAGCUCUGGCACCAAACUCCCUGGACAGCCUCAGGCCUGCAAUGGAGCUGUUUUUCCUGGCCAAGCAACGGGAACUUUCCAGCAUGGUCUCGCACACGGUGAGCAGAUAUUAAUCCUGAAAAGAACCAUAGAACUUGGUAACUCCAUGCUGUGCUCUAGCACGCUUCAUCUUCUGUCUGUCCCUGUUUCUUCUCCUGCUCCUCUUCAUUCUUUAACACCAUGGCUCUUUGGUUUAGAUGGAAGCCAGAUCCAAACAGAUGGUCUAAACGCUCGGAGAAAACUACAUUAAUGGCCAUUAGAAUGAAAUGAAUGAUGGCUGUUACCUAAAGCAAAAUUUGCUACUUUUCGUAAGAUUAUGAAGACGGAGCUGAUAUAACUGAACAUGGAUUUGCAUUCUAAUUUAAAAAGGAGAUUAGGAGACAUUUUGUUUUGUAUAUUUUAGAAUCAAAUCUCUUUCAAAAUGUUUGUUUGGAGAGAAAAAAAUGCACUUAUUGAGAAUGGACGUGAGGACUAUAAUCCAAGUUUUUUGUUUUUCACAGUAUUGAUUAUAAUUUGAAUGCUAUGACCAGCCAUGUGACCUCAGUGCAGUGAUAUUCACCAUGACUUUCAACUUCUAAGGCGGAUACUUCUUCUGUAAAUUCUUCUGUAUCCAUAUACCUUCUCUCUCUCUCUCUCAGAGGUGAUCUACCAGUGAAGAUCCACAAUCCUGAUUUAUUUAUGAAAUGAAACGAAUGAUAUUCAAUUCAGUGUUCAACUACAAUGUAAUUUUCAAAUACAUGUUUGCAAUGAAAAUAUAAAGGAGCUCAGAAUCUGUUGUAAUAGUCAAAGCUAGAGACUGCACUUUUUCUUGUUUUGGAGUUGGACUGGGUGAUGGAAAUGAUGCCAGUGUAAUGAUCUCAGGGCUGUUUAAGUAUAGUGGCCGAGUUAUUGAGAAAUGCUGCAAUAUCUGUAGAGAACAUGCACUCGCUUUUGUUUUUGAACACAUUGAAAAAUGAAUUAUUUAAAUAUUUGAAGGUAUAAUGUGGAAAUAAAGUUUCCUAAAAUA